CGAUAAUACAAUACAAACCAAUGUUUAGUUUGCAUUUUGAUUGCAUCAAUACAUUGUGAUUACUUGAUAACAUGUGGUUUUUAGUCAUUUUGAGUUGGUUUGCAUUAUUAGUGCAACUCUUUUUGGUGGUCCUGUCUGUCGCGGCCGGACUCUACUAUUUGGCUGAAUUGGUCGAAGAGUUUAGUGUCAUAUCUGCUAAAGUCAUCAAAUCUAUGAUUUUGGUCUUAGCCUUCUUCACCAUCUGCUUAUGGCUCAUCCCUUUCGCAUUCUUCAUAUCAUUAUCGGCUAAUGAGAACGUAUUGCCCACUAUUGCUGAAACCAAACCAUUACUUUCCGACGAAAGUGAUGUCGUUUCACAUUAUUUCUCCCGAAGAGGCAAAAGAUAUGGUUUGCUAUCGUUUUUCAAUUAUGCAAAGGACAGCCUUUUGCCUCAAAGAGUUAAAAAGUCUUUUUAGAUUUAUAUUCCAUGUUUAGA